AAAUAUUAUUUUGGGGCUUUUGGGAGAAAUCGGGAGGAAAUUUCAAAACGCUUUAUAUAAGGAAAGAGACUUGGUGAUCAAGUAAAUCGAAACGACAGCGUAAUGGUCGCGUUGGGGGUGUUUGGACCGAACUACCCCUAUUAUUCAAUUGAAAUCUCCUCGUCAACGCCUCAUUGGAGGGGGCUUCCACUGCUGAGUUGUCUCUUCCGAGCUUCGUCUUCUUCAUCCAUGGAGUUUCCUCCAGAAGGUUACAGAAGAAAUGUAGGGAUUUGUCUUUUUAAUUCUUCUGGAAAGAUUUUUGCUGCUUCGAGGCUGAACAGGCCUGAAAUCUGGGAAAUGCCUCAGGGUGGAGUAAACGAAGGCGAAGAUCUCAAAGCUGCAGCCAGGAGAGAACUCACAGAAGAAACAGGAGUAAUUUCUGCAGAAAUUGUUGCAGAGCUUCCCUACUGGCUUACGUACGAUCUCUCACCUGAAGCCAGCAUCAAACUCAGUCAACAUUGGGGAGUAAGAUACAAAGGUCAAGCCCAGAAAUGGUUUCUUCUGAAGUUCACCGGAAAAGACGAAGAGAUAAAUCUUCUGGGCGAUGGAACUGAGAGGCAAGAGUUUGGGAAGUGGUUAUGGAUGUCAAUUGAACAGAUACUAGAGCUAGCUGCCAAUUCCCGGAAGCCUGUUUAUGCACAAGUGAUGAAGGAAUUUAGUAACUUCAUAUCAGGAAAUGGGGAUGAUGGCAAUGCUCUCAAGCAGAAUGAAACCCAAUUAGUCAGCUGAAAGUGUUCAACUUCAGCUGUUGAAAGAAGAUAAUAUAUUCAUGGAUCGUACAUCAUACAAGGGUUUGGAGAAAAUGAUGUAUUCUCACAUCUAACUUUCAUUGUUCAAAUAAGAAUGCCAAAAGCUCUUGGUUUUGGUAAUGUUUAAGAUAAGGCACAUUGUUUGUUCGUAUAGGAACCUGGACCAGUGGUGGAUUCAUGUUCAUAUUGGAAAGCUGAGGCUAAGAUAUAUGGAAUCAGAACCUUCACUACUAGUUUACCCAACUGUAAA